ACAAGGCGAUGAUGUUAAUGUUCUUUCCGGCAUUUAUUCCUCCGACCCCCCCUCCCCCACACCAAAAAACAAAACAAAAAAAACAGUCCUGAAAACUAAGAGAAAGUUCCCGAAUGAUCCCAAAUUUGUUUCGCGAACCGGUGCGCUGAUAAGUGCCAAUUCUGUUGGCGAAAUGAGCCAGUACUGCUUCUUCAGCUUACCGCGUACCAACCCACGUGAGGAACCGAAGAUGAAUAUACGUAAGGCGUGGCGUAGGAGUCGUGCUCACUCAGACAGCCGCUCAGGUUCAGACUCAGCAUCCAAUCAGGACUCGGACCGGUCGACUGCAGGGCCUUUGCUGCGCGCCUCGCUUGCACACGCGCUGAAACACGACUUCCCCAACGAAGACUCUGAGAGCGACGGGUUUGCCAGUUCAGACAAUGACGAAGAAGACCUUUCCAUGUACAUCUCAUGGAGUCUAGUAUAUGAGGUGUACCAUGUGCCAGCCAACCGAUUGGUGCCCAGUGCGGUAGGGCUGGGCGUGGGAGGCUUCGUGGGGAUUGAUAUGGGGUCGAUUAGCGAUGAGGAUACGAAUUCAAAGGCCAAUGGGAGGACAAACGCACGGUCGUUGAGAUGGGUACCCAAUACGUUGUUGGGGGUGGGGGUGCUGCCUUUGUACACCCGAGGUAUAGCCGCUACUAACGCAGCACGCACAGCAACACUCUAUUCCACCUUUGAGGAGUGUCUCGAGCGAUACGACGCUGUGGCUAGCAAGCACAGACCCAAGGAAUCAAGGUGA